GGCUUGAGUGAUUUGAGGAGGGGACAUUUGAACUGAGAUUUGAUGGGUGAAAAGGAUCCAGUCAAGUGAGAACCACAGAAAGAAUUAUCUUUUAGAAAGAAAGUUAUUGCACGGUGGCAGCUCCAGAGCAGAGUACGAACUGCGGUGGCUGGAGUCAUGGCAGGGCAGGCAUUUAGAAAGUUUCUUCCCCUCUUUGACCGAGUUUUAGUUGAAAGGAGUGUAGCUGAAACUGUAACCAUAGGAGGUAUUAUGCUUCCAGAAAAAUCUCAAGGAAAAGUGUUGCAAGCAACAGUAGUAGCUGUUGGAUCAAGCUCUAAAGGAAAGGGAAAGGGUGGAGAGAUUCAACCAGUUAGUGUAGCUAGUGUGAAAGUUGGAGAUAAAGUUCUUCCAGAAUAUGGAGGCACCAAAGUAGUUCUAGAUGAUAAGGAUUAUUUCUUAUUUAGAGAUGGUGACAUUAUCGGAAAGUACGUGGACUGA